AUGAUAAGGGAGGAAGAAAAAUUAAGUCGAGAUGAACGGCGUCAGAGGAAAUUCAAUAACAUCUUCAAUAUAAUGAGCAUUUAUAUUAAGUAUCUCUUGGGGGAUGAGGUGAACGAGGACGAACACAAGCAAUUCCUGGAGUAUAGCAAAUUUAACAUUUACAAAAUUUAAGGAGAUCAAUCUGAACAUUAUAAAAUGCCCGAAUAGGAUUACAUACGGAUGGUGAUGAAUGAUCCAAGUCAAUAUUUGACAGAGAAAGACUAUUGCAUGGGGGAUGUGGUGCUGCAAUUCCCGAAUCCGGAUGAGAUGGCAUAUGCAACAAUUUCAUAUAUAGAAGCCUAGGAGUUUCUAUAAUAGGGCAUAGGAACUAGGUGUUCAAUUGAAUUCAAAACGGAGCAACUAGAUUACGAAAUACUUUCGAUGGCGUUUUAAUAUGCUUAUUCCUAGUUAGCGGAUUCAAAAUAGGAUGAUUUGGGUCCUAACAAAUUGGCAUACUCGAAUCAAUUCUCAACUCAAAAUCUGAUUGCUGCAAUCAAGUUGUUCUUCAAGGAGGAUGAUCAAUUAAAUAUACAGGGAGAGUAUAAUGAGUUUGUGGAGAUGGUACGGAACAAAGUAAUGAACAGUUUGAAUAAAAACUUUAAGGUGAGCAAGAAUAGAGAAAAAAGGAAGGGGUUCUCAACGAUUCUGAAGAAGAAGAUCUUAACGAGGGGAAAGUUCAUCAUUAAAACAGCUGGAGGUCUGCAACGUACUCAUCACAAGGUUAAGGAUUUCCAUACUUUGAUUCGUAACUUGAUUCUAUUGAGAUUGAGUCAAAAGGGAUUCAAGAUGAGAACAUUCGUCUCCUCAGAUAACAAAUCAAUCUUUGCUGUUUUGUAUUGUGCAGAAGCCAACAUUUCUCUUGUUGCUCAACAAAUCAAAAUGAGAAAAUUUCUCAAUCUCGAAUUUACUGACUUGUUAUCACUUGAACCCAUUGAUCAGAAUUACCGUCCCUUGAGGUUGAACAACCGUCUAUGGAGAAACGAUUUGGAUGUCAAUCAAAGUAGUUAUUUCCAAUACAUCAAACCCAAGAUCAUCAAUCUGCUCAAGAAGAUUAAUUUUAAGAAGAUGGCCAAAGAAUUGCACAUCCAGAAUCUCAAUGACUAGAUGUUUGAUUACGGAUAGCGCGAUCUAAUUGGAGAUGAAGAAGGCCCCUCUGAUGAAUUGUGGGAAGCCUAUUAUGAAUACUUGGUGUAUUUGGAAUAAAGAGUCACUGAAGCCAGAGAGAAGUUUUACUUUAAAUUAGAUUUUGCAGUCUUGAUGAAUCCUUCUAUAGCCAAAAAGAAAGAAAAGAAAGCAGAAACUAAAAUUGUCACCAAAGCUCAAUUAAGGAGAGUGACCAAGAAAAAUGACAAGAGCAAUAUUGAUAUCAAUCAAUUGAUCGAUUUGAAUGACUAAGAUCGAACCAUUAAACAAGAACAAUAGAUCAAAAGGUAUUUCUCUUAUCAAAGAAAAAAGUUCAUCCCCAAAACCACCAAGAAAAAUUAAAAUAUCAAAUAAUACAAUGAAAAUCCCCUCAUCAUCUGUGAUACCUAUUCCAAAGAUUUCAACUCCAUCCUACUCAAGAUCCUAUAACAUCUUGUCAGAGAUAAAUUGAAUUUAGACAUUAAUGAAAAGGAAACCAAUAUCGAAGCCUACCUAAAGUAGAUCCAACAUUACUUCGAUGACGAAGAAGAUGCAGAAACCAAUCUCAAGAAACUGGUAGAUCCGAAUGGAGACUCAGCCUAAAAGAAAAUAAUCGAUUAACUAUGUAUCUAGAUGAAGGAAAUACCAGAGAAGGUGGGCCAGAAGCAAUUCACAUUAACCAGAGACAAAAAUCCGGUCUAUUACGAUUCAAUGAAAUAAUAACUGAUUGAGUGUUUGUUCUUGACAUUUAUGGAAAAGGAGGAGGAGGUUUGGAAGGACUAGAUCUAAGAUGAAUAACAGUAAUUUCUGAAUAUGAAGAAAGUGUUCCAUCUGAAAUGGAAUUAGAUAUGCACGAAAUUCCUGAAGGAAAGACAAAGAGGAUUGUUGGCUUAAGCAUAUGGCACAGCUAUGAGAGAUGGAAUGCAGAUCAUAAAUAAUGCGAAGGGCAAUUUGUUAAAAUGCAUUUGGGACUUUUCAUUUGGAGAGUUGUAUAACAUAGCCAUCUCGAGUGAGUAUACUGUGUCAGGGAGGAGGUUCUCAUAUAAGAAAAAGAGUAGGAUCAACACAAUUUGGAAGAAAUAUCAAGUGAGUGAGAGUGGGAGGAUAUCAGUGUUUUCAAUCAUGGAGAGAAUUAAGUUGGCCAAUUAUUUGGUCAAUUAAGCCAUAAACAUCCCUUACAUAUUCAACAAAUCCUAUUUGGAACAGAUAUUCGGCUUAAAUGACCAAUAUGAAUUGAAUGGGUUGAGUAAUAAGCGAUUCUUUUAGAGUGAUCCUAAAGCAUUCUCUUAGACUCUAAGUUCAGAUGCUCAAGAAUAUAUAAGAUUGUUAUAGGAGAAGUUUUUGAUUGCCGAGAGUUUGUUUGUGAAACCGAAAUUGCAUAAUUUGGAAGAGAUUUGGAAGAUGAAAAUUGGGGAGAUUUGGCAUGUGCCAUCAGAUGAAGUAAGAGAAUAUUAUGGGGAAAAGAUUGCCCUGUAUUUUACAUUUCUAGGACAUUAUACAAAAAGUCUGUUGAUUCCAGGAAUCAUUGGGUUGAUUUGUACAAUCAUCCAGUCUUUAACUGAACCCAGAGUCUCCAUUGUAAUUGCAAUGAUGUUUGGAAUAUUGCAUUCAUCCUUUUUAACAUUGAUGUUGGGUUCUUGGAAAUUGAAGGAGAAAUAGAUAGUGGCUCAAUUUGCUUAGAAUAUCAAACAGGGAAAUGAGUAAUAAGAGUAGAGACCUGCCUUUUAGGGAGAGUACAGACGUGAUCCUUGCAAUGAUGAAGCCAACACUCUAUAUUAUCCAAUGAGUAAGUUGCUUAUUCAUAUGUUGAAGAAUGGAUUAAUCUUGGGAUUUGUGUUUAGUAUAUAUAUUGGGAGUGUGAUAGGCUUAUUUUAUAUGACUAAGUUCUUUUAUGAGUAUGAUAUUUUCACUAGUUUGGAGAGAUUAAACUUUCUGAAAUUGGAAGUUAGUAUACCCUGUAGUAUCAACGUGUUAAUAUUGAACAUCUUUGAAUACAUCUAUGAAAGAUUAGCUGAGAGUAUGACAGACUAGGAGAAUCAUCAAACAGUGGCAGAUUUCGAGGCUAACUUUAUCAUUAAGAAAUUCACUUUAAUGUUGCUGUCCUACUUUGCUCCUAUAUUUAUGAUAGCAUUUCUAAAUUAGGAAUUGGGCAUUGAUUGUGCCUAUGGGGAUUGCAAUCUGAAUGCCAAAUACUUCUUCUCCAGUUUGUUCAUCAUAUUGUUCGUGUUCAACAUCAAGGAGGUGGUGACUCCAGUGAUUAACAAAUUAUUUAAUCGAACACAGGAGCAACCAGAAACAAUCGAUGAAUAUGGAAUCAUCAAUUACUAUGUGGAGUAGGAGUCCCAAAAGGAUAGUUAUUUCAAAUCUGUAGAUAGAUACGGCACAGUGGAUGAUUACAUGGAAAUCAUCAUUCAAUCUGGGUUGUUGGGAUUGUUUGCGCCUUUAUUCCCUGCUUCCAUGUUCAUAGGAUUCGUUUGGAAUGCUUUGGAAAUGCAGACAGACAAGAUCAAAUUAAUUAAGUAUUCCCAAAGGCCAGUGCCUUUGGAUGAACAGAGCAUUGGUAUUUGGAGUUUGCUUUUGGAGUUCUUAGCAAAUUUCAGUAUAAUCUUCAAUACAGGUGUUGUGUUUCUGAUGGGGAAGUUGCAUCCUGAUCGAAAUGGGCCUACUCCCCCAUUGAUUAAGGAUGUGACUAUGUUUUUGAUCAUCAUUUUGAUAGCAUUUGCCUUGAGAUUCAUAUUGGAAGGCUUGAUUCCUGAGGCAACUUACGAGUUUAUUUCGAUCAUGAAACGACAAACUUACCUCUUGAAAUCUACCAUUGAACAUUUUAAGAAGAAGACAAGUAAGAUGAAGAGAUUAAAAUCAGAUAGAAACACUCUCUCGAGGUAUGUAUUGUUUAAACCCUAUGGAACUAUUUUGAAAGUGGAGAAGAAGUAGAAGUAGUUGAACUAGGAGGAGGACGAUGACGACGAUGAUGAUGAAUCUUAGAUAGAGAUAGAAUAGAAACAGAAGGAGGAGGACUCAUAAAGGGAAGCAAUGCCUGAAAUCCUUUUGGUAAAGAGGAGACAAAUAAUAUUGAGAAAGAACAUUCAUAAUUUUGAUUUCCCUUAUAAAAAGUUUGAGAUUGCUCAUGCUUAAAAGGAAUUCGAUGACAAGAUAGCGAGACUAAAGAAAUUGCUAAGGUUCUUUGAGAAGUAUUACACACUCAAAUGGUGUGAGUAGAGAUUACUUUAUAGGAGGUUGUAUCAAAGAAGAAGAUACAUAUUGUAUAAGUAUUUGAACAUCAGGAAAUUGAAAGUGUUCAUUGAAAGUUAUAGACAAUUGUUCAAUAGAUAUAAGCGUUUGUAGGAGGAGAAGAGAGAGGCCGGUCUCAUGGAAGACAAUAAUGACAGAGAACAGAAGACUGCCAGGAUUAAUCAAGUGGCUAAGAAGAAAGCACUUCAAUAGGUGAAGAAUGUGGCUAUUUUGAAGAGCAAGGGAGUUUGGUUUGGAUAGUUUCGUAGGUAGGUUCCCAUCUUAAGAGCCAAGGAUAUGAUUGAGCAUCUGAAAAGAUUGGAUCAAAAACUAAGCAAAUUGAAAUUGAAUCAAAGACUCAUACCAAUACAAAUGAUCAAGAUUAAUAAGGAUAAACUUAUUAAAGAUAGACCUAGGAUAUUUGAGGAGAUCUCCUGUUUGGAUAUCAGUAAGAGUAGUUCGCAGGAGAUCCUCAAAUUAUUGAUUCAAUCUAGAGAUUAGUAUGUGUAAGUAAACCAAUACAAAUCAGAGUUGGUUAGAAGUAUUGAAGAUUUGUAUUCAUUGAAAACUCGGAAGAUUGAAUCGAUCCAAAGUUAGUUGUAUCACUAAGAAGUUCCCAAUUAUUUGUAUUUAGAUUAGGAAGAAUUGAAGUCUUUGUUCAUCCAAAAUCAGAAGGCUCAAAUGAGAACUCUCGAUUUUAAGAUGAUCAAAAUGAUAGAGAAGGAUAAGCAAAAAGAAGUUUGGUUAAUACUACAAUAGUACCAAUUAAAAAUCCUGGAAGUCAUUGAAAUUGAUUUACAACAUAAGAAUGUCUUGUUUGAGGAUCUGAUCUUGUAAGAGUUUACAUUGUUUGAUCACUUCUAUUUCCCAUAGAGUAAAGGAGUCGUUGGCAAAAUUCUCGAUUCAAGAUAUGAAUUGCUGAAUGGAUGGACUUUGUUUGACACCAUUAAGUUUAGACAAUCGGUCAAUAUGACAUACAAGAAGAAGGAAUUGUUAUUGUUCUUACUCAACUUAUUGAAUUCAAUUCCCCAUUGGAAGGAUAAAAAAGUAAUCACUCCUAAGUCCAUUUAUGCAAAUAGGAACAAGAAUUAAAUUGGCUACACUUUCCAUUGGAUGAUGUGUGGAAAUAGAGAUAUUGAAAAAGAGAAACUAUAUCUUCCAAAUGAAGAAAACAAUAACAAUCUAUCCAAAAUGGUGUACAAUGCAGCCAUGAUUGUUGUUUAUAUGAUGACUCUAGGCUAGAUUGAAACCAAUAAAGAUUACCUAAUUGAACAUUAGGCAAGAUUAAUGAACAAAUAUCCUAUAGUAUUCACUAUCAUUUCAGACAUGUUAUUAUCUGAAAAUCAAAGGAAGCCCUACAAUUACUUCAAAUAAUUGUGUAAAACGGAGUGUGAGAAUGAAGAAUUGUUUUUGGAAAAUGAAAGAUUAUCACAGUAACUGAUUGAAGAUUCUAAAAUAUUAGAUAUCAAUUAUUAAGAUCUGAAGUUAUAUGAUUAGAAUGAAUUAUCCAACCAAUUGGAAACACAGAAACUGCAUCAAGUCUUAUCCCAACAACUAUUCAAAAUGGAUAUGUUGUAUAAAUUCAAACUAUUCAAACAAUUCUAAGAAGAAUUGAAUGUAACUGAUGCCAUUGCUUCUAGCAUUUACAAUAAAGAAUUUUAUAUGAUUCACAUAUCUAAGAACUUCGCCUUUUAUUGUGACAAAGCACAUCACCAAAAAUUAAUGUUGGACUUCAUCUAAUUUGAGUUUUACAAACAACUCCAUUACUUCUUUAAUAAUCUAACCUUGUAAGGUAUUUAUUCCAUCUCCUACCAACCAAAUCUAAGUGACAUCUAUCAUUUCAUAACCAAGGUUGAGAGAUACUCAUCUCCCAGUAUUCUGGAUGAUUUUGAUUAGCAAAGUGAUAAAUUACUAAUCAGAAAAAGGUUGAGAGUACAGAAAGAGAAUUACGAAGCCUUGCACAAGAAAUUAGAGUAGAUACGACUCAAGUUUUUAUUUCUACAAGCCUACGGAGAAAUGUUUAAAUAGAAUUCAUCCUAUGCGAUCGAGUUAUUCAAUAAGGCCCUAAAAUUCUGUAACAAUCCCUUAAGACAACUAAUUCUACAUAUCAAUAUUGGAAGAAUCCAGAAGGACAGACUCUAGAGUAUUCAAUACUUGAGUAAGUUGGAUUGCCAAUCUGAGUAUUAUAGUUUGAAAAUACGUAAUCUAUUGAUUAAAUUGCACCUUGAAAGUGAGUAGUACCAUGAGGCAAUGAAGAAAUGUGUUAUUAUCAAACCUUCAGAUGAGCAGUGUCUAUUUGAACAGUUGGUUCAUUAGGAAACUCUGAUUCUACAAUCUUAGACCCAAUGGUGUUUAGAUCACUAUUAAAAUAACUAUGAUUAUUUGAAUUACUGGAUUCAGAAGUACAAGUCAACAUAAAGUAAACAUAAUGAGUUGGCUUUGAUUGGAUUGUACAAUCUUGAAUGUUGUAUCAAUCUCUUAUACUACAAUUACAAUAUUCACUUCGUGGAGGAUUACCUCCAACUACUGUAUUAAUAUAGUGAUAAAAACCUCUUUCUCAUUGAUUACUUGCAAUUUAAGUUGUUGUAGAUCAUAAACCUAUAAUUGGGUAUGAUAAAUUAUGGGAUGAUUACAUAAUACGAUAAAAAUUCAGAGGAAGGACAGUAAAGACUGUUGUUGAAAUCCUAUUAGCAUAUGCCAAAGUCAUUCUCAAGGCAGAACGAUUACCUGAGUCAAUUAUUUUUUGAAUUGGAGUGCAAUCUUUAGAUGGACAUGGAUUACGAACUCUAUUUAGAGAUAAAUGAAUAAUAGUUAAGGAAUAGAUAUCAUUUCUUAAUUGCCAAAUAAUUGUUCACCAAAUAGAAAUACUCGUAAGCCAAGAGUGUUUUGGAUAACACUAAAUGCAACAUUGAUAGAUUAAUUGAUGCAUGGUAAAUGAAGAAUAAUAAAAUGAUAGAAUUGUAACAUGAUGUGAAAUUCUAAUUAAAUGAUUUGUCAUGGAAGAAUCUGUUUAUAACUUUUGUGUUUGAUCUAAACAAUUUAUAUGCAUAGUUAGUGUGUAAGUUGGCAUUUAAAUUAAUUGAAAUUGCAUCCCAAAAGCAUGAUUGUAAAUAGUUGUAACAAUAAUUCAAGAUCUUCUUUGUGAAAUUAUUGCUGGAAGAAUAUAAGGAUAAGGAGAAUAAUGAAUAUAUUGAUAAGAAUUUUGAGAUUAAGUUCUUCAUUUUGACUACUUUGAAUCAAUACCUUUAAGAUCUAUCUCUAAAUCUGCUUUCUGAGAUCUGCGAUAUUGAAGACAAGAUUAAAUAGAAGGAAUUGAUAGAUUACAAAGAUAUCUCAAUUCCAGUUGAUAAAAGACAGAUGGAAAAGAAAUCCAUUUGUUUGAAUGAUCUUUUUGUUGUCCAAUCUCAACUCUUGGAAGAGAGUGGAGAUCCUAUAGCAGCCUUGAAAUGCUUGGAUGUCUAAUAUGCCUUGAUUUUGUACGAUGAGAGAUUCAGUCGAUAAGUUUAGUAAGUCUUUUCGUAGAAAAUGGAGAAUGAUGAUCCAAAUCUAUUGGGAGCAAAAUGCAAAGUCGCUAUAAUGAAGUUAUUUUUGAAUAUCUUCUCAUGUGGUCCACAAUUGUUGAAGACCAGAAAGGCAGCCUUAUUAGCCUGUGUUGACAUAGUCACAAGUACUGCAGAAUAGGCCAAAUUAAGAAUGAAUGAGUUUCCAACCACGAAGAUUAUUUGGGAUGAUCAUGCUUUGAACAUUUUGGAUUAUGCAAAACCAAAAUAAUUGGAAGCAUUCCAGAAAUACAAAUUAAUCUAUUAUUAAUGUGAGUGGAAACUGUUAGAAUACUAUGCCUUGGUUGGAAUGUACAAAGAGGCUCACAAUCACUUCCAAAUGCUCUAUAAUCAUUAUGUGAAAUUAAACAGCCAAGAAGAUUAUGCCAGAACUUACUUUGAGUAUUCAAUUGGCACUUACUUUUUGUUUAUCAGACAAACACAUCGUGCAUCCCUCUUCUUUGAAAGAGCAGCCAGGAGAUAUCUGGAUCAAUAGAUUUUUUAUGAAGAUCUAAAAUUACCACUCUAAAAUGUCUCUGGAUCCUUCCGUGACAAAUUCACUAAUGACAGUCUACUAUUAGAUCUAUUGAAUCAAUUCAAUCACUACUUCACCUUGAGAUCAAGAUGCAGAAUCUACAAAUAUUACAGUCGAAUGUACGAGAAAGAUACCGAUUUACACAGACUCUUCCAAUCCAUCAUUAGAAUCCUAGAAAAGAUUCGUAAAACCAUGGGAAGGAAGAGUAUACUCUAUGUCGAUGCUCUCAUGAUCUAUGCUGAGUUUAUACUCAUCCACAAAGAAAGAGGAUACAAUGGAUUCUAGACUUUUAAAAUGGCAUUCAAAAGUCAUUACUUUUUUACCAGAAGAGAAGCAGAAUUCUUUGAACCCUAUGUUUACAAGUCUCAUCUCCCCUAUAAAUUCUAUACUCCAGAUGAUAUUGAAGAGAGGCUAAGUGAAACACUUAUUACUCAAUGGAUUUUCGAUUUGUUAGAUCAAUGUUAUAGAUUCUAUAAAGAAUAUUUCAAUUCCGUAAAUGUAACUGAACAUUUUAGUGUUGUCUACUGCGAUAUCCUCUAAUAUAGAAUAGCAUUCAUAGCCAAUAGACUUUAUCAAGCAUAAAUCAUGUUGGAUAGAGCAUUAUCCAAUCUAGAAAAGGUAAAUAUGCUUAUCCCUUAUGUAAUAGUUGUGUCCCACCUGCGAACAUCCAUACGGAGUCAUGAUUUAUGAAGGAUAUGCCUUACUCUGUGAAAAUCUGGAAAGAGUUUAAGAAGACAACAUCAAAAUCAUACUGGAGUGUCCUUCUCAUAGUCUAUUCAAUACCCUGACUUAUGACCAAAGGUAUAAGAUUACUGUCCAAAUCUAUUUACGUAAUGAGCAAUUAGGAAAGUAUUUCGAUGAUUACAAAAACAAUGGAUUCGAAGUAUACUUGUUAUAAAAACUAUAAAAAUUCACAGAAAAAAAAUAAUAAGAGAGAAUUUCCAUGAAAUAGCAGAAACUAACUAAAAAACAAACUAUCCUUUUAGACUUUGAUACCUAAAUGUAAAUCAAGUAAGGAGCAAAAAGAGAGGCACUCAUGAAUCAAGACAAAAUUACAGAUGUCAAACUUAAAGUUGGCAACACUGGCUAUUAUAGAAAAGCAUACAGAAUUUGCAAAGUCAUAUUCAAAGAGUACAAUGAACUCUACAGGAGAGUAGAAGACAAAUUCAUAGAACUGAGCAGACAAGAAGAAAGAGAAAAUAAAAUCGACUGA